UACAUCGAAAUGACCCCCACUCGAGCCAAGAGCCACGAAUCAAUGCAGGGCUCGGCCAGCCCUUGCAUCACUCCGCUCUCCAUGUCACCCCAAGGCAGCUGCUUCCUGCUAGCCCGGGACAACUGCACCCCUAAUGGCAGUCUUGUCUUCUCGAGCCCCUCCAGGCCUGACAGCAACCGGCCAGCUCCUCAAAAUCAGCCACCCACUGGGAGCUCCCCCCAGACCAGCUACAGAGCAUCUGAAUGUGUGUCCAUCCCGCAGCGUGGUCAGAAGGACUGCAUCUCCUACGGGCCAAAUACUCUCCUGGCCACCUCUCCUGGCCUGGAGAGUUUGCGGAAGGCUUUGUACAUUGGGCGGGCUCAGCAGAGAACCAGCAGGGUCUCCAUGCUCUCCACGAGCCCGGGGUCGGAUACCAGUUACGUGCUUGGAAGCAGCACCCAGUCGCUUCUCAACGAUGACUCCGACUCUUACCAACCUGCGCACCGAUCAGCGGAAAACCCCUUAUCUGUCGGCUCCUUCGGCAGCCCUUGUCUCACCUCCCCCAGCGUUCAAGUCGAUCGUUUUGGAGAUGCCUUUAGCCCAGGUUCCAAUUCCGGCAAAGUGAACAACUCUUCCUCCCCACCACUCCAGAAGGGACACGCCAGCAGCUGUCCCCCAUCCAUCGUUAACUCCCUGGCUGAUAUCCCCAUACUGCUGGUCAACGGAUGUCUGGAACAUGGCGAGACGUCUCCCAGGAUGGGCAAAGACUUCCAUGGUUCCGUCAAGCAGACAGUUCCACUCAGUUCCAGCUCCUCCUCAGGGAUAAACAGCUUGAAUAAGACCUCUUCUGAAACAUCUCUCUCCUUCUCCCCGGACGGUUCCUCCAAAGAUGGUGAGCCAACCAUGAAGUUUGUGAUGGACACAUCAAAAUACUGGUUCAAGCCAAGCAUUACAAGGGACCAAGCAAUUCAACUUUUGAAGGAGGCGGAACCAGGCGCUUUCCUCAUGCGGGACAGCACGUCGUACCGUGGGUCGUUUGGGCUGGCGAUGAAGGUUCUCAGCUCACCAUCCGGCUGCAAGACAGGUGAUGACAGCAGCGACCUGGUCCGACACUUCCUCAUUGAGUCAUCUGCCAAAGGAGUGCACCUUAAAGGGGCCAGCGAGGAGCCCUAUUUUGGGAGCCUGUCUGCCUUCGUCUACCAGCACGCCAUGACAGCACUAGCACUGCCCUGCAAGCUGGCCAUCCCCACACGAGAUUUUGCUGGUGGAGAAAAAAGCUCUGAGACCCCUCUGGAAUCUGCAAUUUCUGCAAUGAAGAAAACUGCUGCCUGCAACGUCUUGUACCUCCACUCGGUGAGCGUGGAGACGCUGACCGGCGCCUCAGCGGUUCAGAAAGCUGUCUCCUCCACCUUCGAACUGGAGACGCCGCCCACGCCCACCAUCGUUCACUUCAAAGUGACCAAGCAAGGAAUAACCCUGACCGACGUCCAGAGAAAGGUGUUUUUCCGACGGCACUAUCCCCUCGCUGCCCUCAGCUUCUGUUGCAUGGACCCUGAGAACAGAAAGUGGCAAAAGUUCUGCAAGUCUUCAAGGAUUUUUGGCUUUGUAGCCAAAAGCCAAACGGAUGCCGAGAAUCUCUGUCAUCUCUUUGCCGAGUACGACACCGUGCAGCCGGCUUCUCUUGUCAUUGACUUCAUCAGCAAACUCCUCCCAGAGCAGUAGCUGAUGCAGACCUGCAGAGAAGCUGUUGCUGCCAGUACCUGGAUGCCGCUGAGCCGCUUCCUGCCGUUCCGUUGCUGCCUUGUUGCAUUUUGGCAACUGCUCCUAUUUAUAACUUUUGUUACGUACUUUGAUGGCUGGCGUUUCAGAGGAAGGUUUUACACUCCCUGCUCAGUCCUGGGAGCCUCUGAUGAGGAACUACAUGGAAAUGCGGAAUGCCUUACCUGUAUAUAUCGCAGCCUGCAGGAAGCCACAGCAGGUCAGAUGGUGGAUGAGUGUGCAAGAGGUUGGAUUUGCCUUGCCAAGUUAUUUGCUCACUCAUGGGGGGUGAGUAAUUUUGUUCUUUAACAGGCAGGGAAAAUAUUGGGGCCAAGA